AUGACGUGCGCCCUUGGCCAGUGGGAGAGCGCUGCAAGGAUUUUGGCCACCAUGUUGCAGGAUGGUCCUUCUCCAAACGUCGUGAGCUUCAGUGCCUGCAUUGGUUCGGAUGAGCUAGAUGGUGAGGGAGCAUGGGGUCUUGGGUUGUCCCUCAUGAAUUCAAUGCCGUGCCAGCGAGUCAGGCCGAAUCACGUGACACUCAGCUCCAUCCUUGGAAGAAUUGGUGGCCGCUGGCAGCUGGCACUUGGUAUCUUCAAAGCACUGCAGGGUGGCCUGCGUUUGGACACUGCUGGCCUGAAUGCUGUAAUCGGCGCAGCGGCAGCGGUGCCACGGCGUCGGAUGGCCGAGGGCCUUGGUGACUGCGAAGAGAUUCAAAGCUUUGGCCAAUGGCUGGCUGCGAUUGCCCUGCUCUCUGGGAUGGCUUCUAUAGCCUUGCGUGCGGAUGUGGUCAGCUUCACCUCUGCAGUGGCAGCUUGCGAGCGCAAAUGGCAAACAGCAGUGGCGUUGCUUGAGCCAAUGUACAUGGCAAAGAGUUUGGGUCCGAACUCGAUUACAUAUCGCUGUCUCUUGCGAGCGUGUGAGAACGGACACUCUUGGCAACCCGCGCUCGAGCUCUUGUCGUAUAUGGCAGUCCAGAGGAUGUCAGACAGAAUAAGUCAGCAGCGCACUGCGGCUGCCUGUGCAAAAUCUGGUCAGCUGGGAAAACUGACACCGCUGAUGCGAAGUACGUGCUGCUUGGAGGGCAAUUCAGAAGCAAGAGAGCGGAAAGAUCUUGCAGGCCGCAUCACAGUGCAAGUGGUUGCGGCUGCGGCUCAAGCAUUCGGGGGCCUUGUGCAGUGUGUGUCGUUCGAAGGAACCUUGCCCGUGGAAAAAGCGAUUGCUCCGCAUGGAGCUUGCGCGCUGUUGCUGCGCAAGAGGUGCUUCAGAGACACACAGACCGGUGGCUCUACAGCCAUGUGCUCAGAUGUUCUGAGUAGUGAGAAGAAAUGGUCGACAAGAGUGGGCGCAAUGUCGCAGCACAUGGGUGAUGCGGUGGAGCGGCCAGCUGAACUCCUCAUCCGCGAGCUCUGCUCUUGCCGCAUUAAGCUCAGGGACUGUGAGGGCUGCUAUGGGCGGAGCCUUGCCUGCAUUAGAAUGGCUCGCUCAAAACUGACGACUCCUCAGUGCGAAGUUGUGGAGCGGAGAAUGGCUUUCGAACUGGGCCCCAUUGCGCAUGGUUUUUUACAGUCCAUGGAAGCCACUGCCCAUUCAGCAGAGUCAGGUCGUGGGCUGGGAGAAGCGACCCAUUUGCUGCUGCUGGCCCGGAUCAUGCUCGACAAUGCAUCAUGCUGGGGCAUGGUUGGUGAGCGACAUGCCCUCGCCUUGGACACGGCUGAAGCACAACAGAAUGUGGCUGAAGUUAUCUCUGGAGACCGGUAUUGCUUGAUUUGGGCCGCAAGUCCGUCACAAAGCGCACUGGCUCCACAUGAAGCCUUGGACAUCGAUGCGAGCCGCAGCGAUGUCGAUACGAACAGCAUCAUCGAGAAGCUGGCCGGAGGGCUGAAACUCCUGAGCAUGGUUCGAUCCCAGAGCUGGCUGGAGGAGUGGCUUUGGAAACUUAGAGUUCAGAUUCCGACCUUCUCAGAUGUAGCAGGCGGCUUCAACUUCACCAUAUCAGACGGCCUGUGCACCAAUUUCAAAGUAGACCACAUCCUGACAGCAGCAGUUUAUCAUGGUCUUAAUAUCACAGCAUCUGGUCUGAGCAUCCACUGCACCCUGAAGUGGGAUGCACAAUCAACGUUGAUCAGCAGCCUUCAUUUCAAUGGCGACGUUUUGGCAACGGUCGGGAACGGUAUGCUUGGCGGGCCCAUCACAAUGGUGUCAGACAGCCUCGAUCCCCCGCUGCCCAGCGCUAUACACGCGCAAGACUGCUCUGGGAGAGUUCAGGUGGACCUGGAGUUUACGGGCUCUGGUAUGUCGACUGUCCUCCAAUUUCUGAAACCUUUGAUCCAGUCUGCUCUCAACAAGCGCCUGACGGCCCUGAUCUGCACAAACGUGGACUCUGUGAUCAAUAGCAAAGGAUCAGAGGCCCUGCAGAACGUGAGCCAGGAAAUCCGAGAGAUGCUGAAGGACUGGCACCAAAGUAGCAAGAAUAGCUAUCCCGUGCUGGGACCCGGAUAUUCUUGGGUCCUAGAAUGUGCACACGACUUGAUGGCAGCCUUUGUUGAUUCUUUCAAGCACGGACGACACGAGGGUGAUGAGAAAGCGUACAGAAACAUGCAUCAAGCUUGUAGGCAUGUGGGAGUUUGUUGUCCAACUAUCUUGAUUGCCUUGUCUUUCCUCGAUUGCGUCAUGAGCAAGGUCAUAGCAGAUCCUAAGAAGGAGCUGGUUGACUUCGGCCAGAAUUCCGGGCUUGAUGCCUGGCAGAUAUUUCGAACUGUAGAUCUCGCAGAGUUGGGAGUUUGGUUGCUCGGGGCAUGGGCCUGCAUUGUUGCCCGGGAGCUUGAAGGGCUUAUGUUCUGUCACGCAACUCCACGCGCAUGCCUUCUCUACCAAUACUUGCUUCUCCCUGCUGGGGAAGGGAGGGGCUAA